GGCCUUAUUCUGUAGAAAAGCUUAUGUACGUCACACUUGUUUUUGUCCAAUGGUGAAUAAGAGUGGUUUGUCCCACAUUCUUUUCCACUUGGUUGCUCAUUUUUUAUAAGAGAGAGUGAGAGAGAAUAGGCAGAGAGGUGAAAAAGACAACCUCAACACAAAGUCAACAAACCGUGGUUUGGCUUGAAAGCAAACGUUCUGUGAAAGCUGGUGCACGGUGUGUUUUACGAAAUGAAGAAUCUGAUUGUGUUUGGAGGGACAGGCAGAAGCGGUCUCGCAGUUUUAGAGCAAGCGGCUGAUGAAUUAGAUAUACAGGUCACUGCAUUUGUAAGAACGCCAACAAAAAUACCUGGCCAUGUAAGAAGCAAGAUUUUAGUUGUUCAAGGUGAUGUUUUAAAGAAGGAGGAGGUGUCUGAUGCAAUCAAGGGAAAGGAUGCUGUCAUUUCUUGUCUUGGAAAUGGAUUCAGCUUAAUGCCAACAACAGUGAUAUCUCGUGGAAUUGGAAACAUCAUAGAAGGAAUGAGAGAGAAUAAUGUAAAGCAGAUUGUGGUGGUUGGUGUGGCCUUUUUACUGCCCAAUGGAUACUUCACACCAUUCUUUAUGAAAGGAAUUGUUAACGAUCAUGCAAGAAUGAUAAAUAUAUUAAAGAAAGCUAAGGACUUAGAUUGGGUGAUUGUAGCACCUCCAGAAAUAUCAGAUCAACCAUUUACAAAUGAAUACACGACAACACUAAACAAAAAUGCACCAGAGUAUGUUGUAUCUACACAAGAUCUUGCCCACUGGUUACUUAGAUGUAUAAAAGAUGACAAACUGAUGAAUGAAUCCUGCCAUCAAAUGGUGGGGAUAUCUUCAAAACUACCGCUCAAAAACUGGCUGAGUACCACCAGUGGUAUAUCCACACUGGUUAUAGUUGCGUUAUUAGUGAUCAGUAUCUAUUACUUUACUGUGUAGGCUAGUCUAAUGAGUUGGUAAUUUGAUAUAACUGUGGCAUUCUCACUAUUUUAUCCUUCACUUAUUUUCAAAAUCUUUAUUUACUUUUUCCUGAACACGUAAACAGUUUUAAUUUUAGCAAAAAUUAGGUAAAUGAAUGGUCAUUAUAAUUUUUUCAUGAAUAUUAAAUGAUGCUGAAUUUGAAAACUUCAAUACAUUACAUUCAACUACAGAACGCUAAGC